AUCAGCGUUAACUUGUCCGACUCUGCUUCUUUCGAUCAAAAGCAAUGGCACUGAGAUUGAAGCUUCUCUGUAGCAACGACGGCUUAUCGUUCGGUGAGUAUUCAAGAGACCAAUUUCGUCACACGAACGUUGGAUCGCCGUUGAUUCCUGCGCGCAGGAGCCGAUUCGAGUUUCGUGCGAGAGUUUCGUCGUCUUACUCGUUUUUUCGGAACAGAAAGAAAACUAGGGAUCUUGAUAAGAAUCUCGUUAGCGAAGAAGAAGACGAAGACGCAGAUGAUGAUGAUGAUUGGAAUCUCGACGGAGAUGAUGAUGAUGAUGAUGAGUUAGAGAACAAUGAUUUAUCUUGCUUCAGAGGCUUGGUUCUUGAUAUUUCAUACAGGCCGGUAAAUGUUGUUUGCUGGAAGCGAGCAAUCUGUCUGGAAUACAUGGAUAAGGCCGAUGUUCUGGAGUAUUAUGAUCAGACUGUUAAUUCUCCUACUGGUUCAUUCUACAUUCCUGCUGUAUUAAGGGUUCCACAUCUGCUUCAGGUUGUUAAAAGAAGAAGAGUUAAAAAUUCACUGAGUCGUAAAAACAUUUUACUACGAGACGACUACACUUGUCAAUAUUGUUCUUCCCGUGAAAACUUGACCAUUGAUCAUGUUAUCCCCAUUUCUCGAGGUGGAGAAUGGACUUGGCAAAACCUGGUAGCUGCAUGUUCAAGAUGCAACUCAAAGAAAGGUCAUAAGACAGUAGAAGAAGCACGCAUGAAGUUACUCAAGACUCCAAAGGAACCAAAAGACUAUGACAUUGUUGCCAUACCAUUAACAAAUGCAGCUAUAAGGAUGCUGAGAUCGAGUAAAGGAAUGCCAGAAGAAUGGCGUGAGUAUCUAGCUAAACCCUCACACGAGCCAUAGCAGUUUCACUCCAAUCUGGGGGUAAUCUCGUAAAUACAGAAAGCAGUGGCUCGGUUGCAUUUGUAAAUUCAUCUAAUGUAGCUUCAAAUGUUCAGAUGUAUAUGAUACGUAAAUAAUGACCUCAUGUUCAAGCAUAAACUAAUAUAAGUCAACUAUAUAUUCAUCCAUAAGUUGAAAGGUAUUUG